CCAAAACUAUAGACGCCCUAUUCGCGUACAGUGCACGUAAGCUUUACGUGCAGAAUUCAGCCAGUGUAUCGUGUUGAUGGAAAGUUCAAUAUAUAUUUUCAGAUCGUGUUCCGAACUUUCGAAUUAAUCGUGCUGCAGUAGCAGAAAAACAACAUGGAAUCCGCGGCUACGUCGAUCCUGAAGCGUGCGGUGGAGUUGGAUCGGAAGCAACAGUACACAUUAGCAAUGACUUUGUACCAGGAAGGCAUACAGAUACUUCUCAACGCGUUGAAAGAGCAAAAAAACGUGACGUCGAAAACUGAUCUGUCGAAAAAUCCUCUCGCCCUCAAGGUGAACGAGUACCUGGAGAAAGCCGAGAGGGUGAAGAAACUGAUAGAAACGAAAAAAGCAGACGGCACUUACAGAGAAGUAAUUAAGAUCGAAGACGGAUCGACCGGGCACAGUUACGCAACUGUUUUCGGUAGAUUCCUAGACAACAAUAUCACUUACGUUUACGUCGAAGAUCCGUACAUUCGAUCCUUUCAUCAGUGUCAGAACAUGGUUAGACUUUGCGAACUGCUUGUUCAAAAAUGCUCCUCACUGUCCCGAAUAUCUCUGCUCACAACUUGCGAUCCCGAGGACAGUUUCAAUCAACUCGCGAGACUGAACGAGUUGAAAGACAGUUUGAAUUCGCAAAACAUUGAUUUCAACAUCUCCUUCUCCGAAACGUUGCACGACAGACAAAUCACACUGAGCAACGGGUGGAUAAUAAAAAUCGGACGUGGAUUGAGCUAUUUCAAAGCGCCGCAAGGCAAAUUUGUUCUUGGCUCGUGCGAUUUAGAACUAAGACCGUGUCUCGAAACUACUGUAGAUGUUUUUCACAAGAAUCAACUUCGGAACGUGACCAGAUAGAACACGACUUGAACAAUUCGUUUUUUGAGAAUUCAAUGCGGUUAUUUUUAAUCAUAUCAUUUAAUCAUAUUUUUUACACUACAUACUACAUAGAUCAUGACGUAUUUUAGAAGAGUCUUCACAUUUCUAUGAGAUAUCAUACUGUAGAGUUAAAAAUACAUGCAUAUACAUGUAUUUUCUUCACAAAAAAAACUCAUUUUUACAUUAUUUUUUACAAUUUAAUGUAAAAAUAUGU